UAAGGUGAUGCUUGCACAUGGAAUAAAAAUGGAUGAUGAAGAAUUGGUGGCGCUCCUCAUUGAAGGUAUUCCGAAUCAAAUGCUACGUAACCAAGCCCGUAUCCAAUGCUUUGAAGAUAUCCAGCACAUAAAGCGGGCAUUUGCGGAAGUGAAACUACCGAAAUGGAUGAAACAGACAAGAAGGUGGCAUCGGUGAACAAUAAUAGCAGCACACUCUUGCGUUGUUACAAUUGCAAUUCGAAGGGACACUGGGCCAAAGAGUGCAGGAAGCCAAAGCGCGUAAAAGGGUCAUGCUAUGCCUGUGGUGAGAUGGGGCACUUUGCAGCAAAGUGCCUGAAAAACAAGAAUGGGGAUGAAAACAAUUACCAUGCCUCAUAGACACGGGAAGCCCCAUUUCGUUCAUAAAAAUUAGUAAAGUACCUAAAGAUGUUAUUGAAGUACCAGUUUUAAGUUCAUUUUACGGAUUAAACAAAAGUUCCUUGAAAACAUAUGGAAAAAUAU